UGGUGUGUCGUCACGACUUCUGCCUUGGAAAGCCUCGAGGCGGGAAUCCACUGGAGUGAGAGCAGCUUCUGUCUUGAUUUAGCUCACCUGUAAAAUCCAUCCGUAUGAUGCCUGCAUAUCAGCUCAACUGGUACACUAUACCACCAAAGUGACACAGCUUACCCAAAAUAAACCCUCAACCUGGUGAUAAAAGUUGUGGUUGUCGGAAAGUGUUACUAAGAGUCAAUGGAUAUUUAACCCGUUUAGAAAUGACGACACUGGAUGAGGCUGAUCAUGACGUCACGUCCGGUGAUCCUGAGCAAAGAAAAACCUCUGACCAUGUGGACAGUGGCUGUGCCAGGAACUGGUCAAGAUUCAAAGGUAUACGAAACUGUCAUGGCAAGCUGAGUGAAGUAGUGUCAUCUGUAUUCAAGGACAGUGACCCCCCUCGACACAGGACCACCUCGGAGAGUGACAUCUCCAGACAAGUGAGUCAUCUCCAGAAGGAGAUGGAGAAACAGAGUGAGGGGCAGGCAAGCAUUAAGCAGAGCCAUGACGAACUGAAAAAGACUGUGUUGGAACUCAAGGACAGUGUAACAUCUCGAUCUUGCAGCGUCGGUGACAUCUUCUCUCAGGAAGGACCUUAUUGCACAUCAACGCCAGCCCCUCGCAGGGUGUUCUCUCGCACCAGCAGCUCCACCAGUGUUCCUGCUUUCUGUUUCACAUCUGGGACCACCUCGGACUUCAGUGAGUUGUCCUCAUGCAACUCCGGCUGUACCAAGUCAAUGGACAUCUUGCGACAGAGGGACACUUUGGAGACGUGCCUGUCAAGAGAGAUGCUGAGGAAUGUGGAAAGGCAUUUGGAAGAUGUUAAACUCAGAGACCAGCAGCUUUCAGACGAUAUGGCCCAACUGAUGGCACGCGUGAAAGACCUCUGGCGUCUGAAGACUCGGGACAAACGUAACCGUGGAAGUUACCACUCCUUGGUGAAUGCUGACCACAGAACAGAUCCCCUGCCUCCUCAUAUCCAAGCCUUUUGUAUGAAACUGGAAGAUGUCAUACACGUCCGUGUGAGUGACCUGGCGAGAUAUCUCAACGUGUCUGACAUGGGAAUUCUGGAGGGUAACAACGCAUCCUAUAGGAGCCUGUUCUGGGGGGUAAUACAGCAAUGGAACAUGGAAUGUCAAGCUAGAGGUUCACCUGCACUGCUGGAAACGCUCAUAGAUGCAUGUCAGAAGUGUGGCGUUCAGCAUCCAUUAAAAGUGGAGCCAAUGCCAGUGCAUCACCGCCGGAUCCUAGAGCAGAACUACUCUUUCCUGGCCGAGCAUGUGAUGGUUCCUCUGUUACUCACGUAUCUCAGGGACAGUGGAUUCCUCACAAACGAUCUCGUCCAGUAUGUGCUGCAGCCGGACCCCAGACCAGAUAAGGUCCACCGACUGGUGGACAUCAUGACAGUUUUCGGCAAAAAGUCCCUUAACCUUCUGCAAGAUGCCCUGAGAAGGUCAGAUCAGGGUCAUAUUGCCGAUAUGUUGGUCUGCCGGGAUGAUGAAGCGUUUGAACCAGAUCAGACGGCCUCGGCUCUACCCAGUGAGUCAGUUCGCCUCCAGGAGAGCCUAAAGUGCCAGUUGAAGGAACUGAACAUCUCCACAGAUCAGAUCAGGAGGCAGAAGGAGGUGUGUCAGGUACCCUCGUGGAAGCUGUGGUCAGGACUGUUUCUCAACUUGGAGGUGUCAGUGAAAAUCCCCCACCACACUGUAAAUAGUCUGAGGCUGCUUAUCGAGGCUAACCAUCUGCGGAAUUUUAAACACGAUCAUAUUGUUCAGCUGUUUGGUGUCAGCAUGCAGACAGACCCUCCAUGGAUCAUCACUGAGUCAGUCACUGGGAACCUGCUGAAUCACAUCCGGGGUAUGCAAGGGAUGGAGGUCAGCGCUUCAAUAAUACUUGGAAUGGCAACUCAGCUGAGCAGCGCUAUGGUUCACCUGGAGGGGAAGGAAUGCAUCCAUGGGGACUUGCGAGCUGAGAACGUACUGAUGACCGACAAGAAAACCCUCAAGGUUGCCAACUUUCAUGUCACGAUCCCUUCUGACAAGACUGAUGAAAUGGCUAACUACAGCAGAUGGUCAGCUCCCGAGGUCAUCAACUCAGGGGUGAGGUCCACCAAGGCGGAUGUAUGGGCCUAUGGUAUACUGUUGUGGGAACUCGUCACCCUGGGAAUGGUUCCAUAUCCAGAUUUUGCAAUCGACCUUAUGGCGGACAAGGUUCUUCGGGGAUACGUCAUGCCUCAUCCACGUCCACAAUUCCAAGCCCCCUUCGUCAUAUUUGACAUCAUGAAAAGGUGUUGGAGAUAUCAUACUUCUGAAAGACCAAACUUUAAAGAAGUGGAUACUGAGCUCACAAAUUGUCUGGAAAAACGAAACCUUGGACGAGAGCGCCCAAGACAUAACAUGCUGAACAGAGGGUCACGUCGCUCGAGUGUGGACAGUCGACGUGACUCCGUCAGACGCCAACGUAGGAUCCGACAGAAGAAGGAGACGCAGGAGGGGGUGUUGAAUGAAGGACUACAUGUGCCCAUAGGUGCCCAGAAAUAUCCUGAGAAGGAUGAUUGCACGAAGAAGGAAGAGAAGAUGAAGAAGAAAAGCAUAUGGGAGAGAUUGGGACUGGUUAGGAAGAAGAAGAAAUAAACAUGUCCAUUUUUCAUACUUCACAUAUGAUAUCAUUGUGCAUAGUUUUCUCAUGAAAACGAUUUUGUCGCUUUUAUAUUCAACAUGACCUCAACUGACCUCUUAUCAGGCAUGUCAUCGUAUCAACAUUCAUUUCAACAUUCCAUACAGCUGUCAACAUUCAUUUCAACAUUCCAUACAGCUGUCAACAUUCAUUUCAACAUUCCAUACAGCCGUGCAGAUAUAGAAACCGAUUGCACAACACAGUAUUUCGUGAUGAUUGCUCACAUUGAAAAGAUAGUUAAUACAUUGUGUUUUAUCAACCGUACCCUACCAAGCUGAAUUUGUACAAACCAUUUCAGUACAUAUUUACACUCUCGACAAAAUGGCAAGAACUGAUAUAAUUGUACAAUAUGGUGGUCUAUUGCCAUUGCAAUGUAGCAGGCCACUGGAAGUUCCGAGAUAAUAGUUUUACUGUAUAGAUUAUGAAGUAUUGUACUGCAUUUAUUUCGUAUAUAUAUAUAUAUAGAUA